ACAUGGUCAUGACAUCAUCAGAGGUCCUUUAGCUGGCUAGGAAAUAGCGUCUACCAAACAUGGAAGCCGCCGAGUCUGCAGCACCAGCCGAGGAGUCAAAGGGAUUAUCCGAAGAUGUUGGAGAGCAGCGGGAGAAAGUGGAGGAGAAGGAGCGGGAGAUAAAAGCAGUGGAAGGUCCAGCUGUAGCGCUGACAACAGAAGGACCAGAUUCCCUUAAUGCUAAGAAAGUGAAGUUGGAAGUAAAGGAAAGAAGAGAAAAGAAGCAGAAAGUUGAUGAGGACGAAAUUCAGAAAAUGCAAAUUUUGGUUUCCUCCUUCUCAGAAGAACAGCUAAAUCGCUAUGAGAUGUACCGACGGUCUGCGUUUCCUAAAGCUGCCAUUAAAAGGCUCAUUCAAUCUAUUACUGGCUGCUCUGUCUCCCAGAAUGUUGUCAUUGCCAUGUCUGGCAUAGCCAAGGUUUUUGUUGGAGAGGUUGUAGAAGAAGCUCUGGAUGUGUGUGAAAAGUGGGGAGAAAGCCCUCCUCUGCAGCCUCGGCACAUGAGGGAAGCACUCAGGAGACUGAAAUAUAGGGGGCAGAUCCCAGAUUCCAAGUACAAGAAGAUCAUGUUUAACUAGUAUAAUAAGAUUGUUUUCAACUGGAAUGUGACAUGGAUAAGAAUGUAUGUAGUGAGCAUUGCAACAUAUAGAUGCUGCAGAAGAAAGUGCCCUUCCAUGGGUAUGGUGCAAACUUCUAGUAACUUUUCUUUGUCUUUAUAAAGUGUUGUAAGGAAUAAAUUUCUCUUCAUAGACAGUG